CUCUUUGUGUGUGUGUGUGUGUGUGAUGGUUUGGGAGCCUGAAACUUCUCAGUGUGUGCAUUAAUUGCUCUAUAAAGCCGUGACAGUGACUCUAGGCUCCUGUGCCAUUUCACUGUCUGCACGCAGCACAAAGUGGAUUUUGGGUGACUCAUAGACGUGUGUGUGCGUGGGUGUGCGUGUCUAUGCGUGUGUAUGCGCGCGCGGAAAGGAUAAAUUGAGUCGAUUCACGCGUUGGGGGGAAAAAGAGAGAGAGAGAGAGAUUUAAUCCAGAAGAGGCUUGAACCGGGGUUUGUUCAGUCUGGUGCUCCUUGGGAGAUUUUCACCUGUUUAUAAGGCGAUAUAAAGAAGAAAAUACACCCCACAUACACCCGCGCGCGCGCACACACACUCUCUCUCACACACACACUCACACACACUCUAUCUCUCUUUUGGGUUGUCUGGAUUGUUGCCUACAGAGCUGGAGCGGAAGUCUGUGAAACACACCUGUAAACGUGUGAAAAGCUUGGAAGUGUGAAACUGAUGAUGAUGAUGGCGGCUUCGGCUUCAUCCUCCUCCUCUUCCUCAGUCGCCGAAGUGGAUCAGAGCUCUGCUAAUCUGCGACCUCCAGCCUCGGCGUGUGAUGGCUGGUACGGCGUCGCGCACGGCUGCACCCGCAAACUGGGCAUGAAGAUCUGCGGGUUUCUGCAGAAGAACAACAGCUUGGAGGAGAAAAGCAGGAUGAUGGGAUCCUUCCGAGAGAAAGAGCAGAGUCAUAACAGGGAGAACCGGGAGAAGGAAACGCGCUUCACCCGCAACGAGACUGACUUCUCCAACCUCUUCGCCCGGGAUUUACUUCCUGCUAAAAAUGGCGAAGAGCUGACUAUGCAGUUCCUCCUCGAGAUCGUGGAGAUCCUCACCAAUUACGUUCGCAAGACUUUCGACAGAUCCACCAAAGUUCUGGACUUCCACCACCCACACCAGCUCCUGGAGGGCAUCGAGGGCUUCAACCUGGAGCUCUGCGACCAGCCCGAGUCGCUGGAGCAGAUCCUCGUGGACUGCAGGGACACGCUCAAGUACGGAGUCCGCACAGGUCACCCAAGAUUUUUCAAUCAGCUCUCUACAGGUCUGGACAUCAUCGGCCUGGCUGGAGAGUGGUUAACCUCUACUGCUAACACCAACAUGUUCACCUACGAGAUUGCGCCUGUGUUUGUGCUGAUGGAGCAACUGACGCUGAAGAAGAUGAGGGAGAUUAUCGGCUGGCCGAACGGAGAAGGAGACGGACUUUUCUCACCGGGUGGUGCCAUAUCGAACAUGUACAGUGUGAUGAUCGCCCGCUAUAAGUAUUUCCCCGAGGUCAAAACCAAAGGCAUGUCGGCUGCACCGCGCCUCGUUCUCUUUACAUCAGAACAUAGUCACUAUUCGAUCGCUAAAGCUGGAGCAGCUCUGGGUUUCGGUAAAGAAAACGUCAUCCUGCUCAGCACCGACCAAAGGGGUCGAGUCAUACCUGCAGACCUGGAGGCUAAAAUCAUCAGCGCCAAACAGAAGGGUUAUGUUCCACUCUUUGUGAACGCAACAGCCGGUACUACAGUAUACGGAGCGUUCGACCCCAUCAACGACAUCGCAGACAUCUGCGAGAAAUACAACAUGUGGCUCCAUGUGGACGGUGCGUGGGGUGGCAGUCUGCUGAUGUCGAGGAAGCAUCGUUACAAGCUGAACGGUGUCGAGAGAGCGAACUCGGUCACGUGGAACCCACACAAGAUGAUGGGAGUGCCACUGCAGUGCUCGGCCAUCCUGGUCAGAGAGAAGGGAAUUCUGCAGGGCUGUAACUCCAUGUGUGCCGGUUACCUGUUCCAGCCUGAUAAACAGUACGAUGUGACGUAUGAUACGGGCGAUAAAGCCAUCCAGUGUGGCAGACACGUCGACAUCUUCAAGUUCUGGCUCAUGUGGAAAGCCAAGGGCACAGUCGGGUUUGAGCAGCAUGUGGACCGGUGUCUUGAGCUCUCUGAGUAUCUCUACAACAAAAUCAAGAAUCGCGAGGGUUACCAAAUGGUCUUCCAAGGAGAGCCCCAGCACACUAACGUGUGUUUCUGGUACGUUCCACCGAGUAUGAGGAACAUGCCGGAUGGAGAGGAGAGAAGGGAACGACUGCACAAGGUGGCGCCGAAGAUCAAAGCGAUGAUGAUGGAGUGCGGCUCCACCAUGGUGGGCUACCAGCCGCAGGGAGACAAAGUCAACUUCUUCCGUAUGGUCAUCUCCAAUCACGCUGCCACCAAGUCAGACAUCGACUUCCUCAUCGAGGAGAUCGAGAGACUCGGACAAGACCUGUGAUAGAGCCGUACAUCUUUGCGCCAUCUUCUGGAGGAACGCCGGUACUGCAGCCCUGUUCAACAGCCGGUGACUGUAAACCUGUGCUGUGUCCCUGUUUAACAGUUUAAAUGUAGUUUUAAAGUGCACUAUAUCCUGUCAAACUCUUAGAAGUGUCUAGUAGCAGUGAGAUAUUUAGAUCUAGUCUGCAUUAACACACACAAAUCUGAAAACACUUUAUUACUUUUGGCCACACUUUCCCUAAUAGAGAACACAGGGGUAGUACCAGAAGGUAAUAUUGCCACCUAACAGCUCCAGGGUUCAAUCCUGAGCUCAGUUUCUCAGGGGAGCAUGUUCUCUUCAAGUUCUCCUGAGUUUUCCUCCAGGUUCUACAGUUUCCUCGCAACUGGUAUGCAAAAAAAUAAUAAUAAAUGCCCCUUGGUGAGAACGAAUGUAUGGUCUCCUGAGAUCCCUGGUAUUCCCGGGAUAGGCUCUGGAUCUGCCGCGACACUGACCAGGAUAAAGCACUUACUGAAGGUGAAUGAAUACAGAACCUCCAUCUUGGAAUUGCGGCGAUCACAUGACAAUCAUAUAUCAGUGCUUUCAAAUGGCUCAUCAACCCAAAAAGGCAUUUUGAUGAAUCAUGUAUUUCCGAGUCAGCAAUGCAUGAAUACUUUGACCCAGGAGGUAUUCCCAUUCUCCCAAAUUCUCCUACGUUCCAGGUUUAGUCAGUGAAAUCUGGGUCUUCUGAAAGCUCCUGAACUUCCAACUUGGCAAUGCAUGAAUGCUUUGAAAUUGGAAGAACAGAAAAGUUUUCCCAUUUUUACAAAUUCUCCUAUAUUAUGGGUUUAGUUUGUGAAAUCUGGGUUGUCCAAAAGCCUCUAAAUGUCCUGUUUAGAAGUUUACAUGAACACACCCAUAUCUCACCAAAUAAACCAACUGGCUUCAUCUAUUUUGAUGGAUUUCGGUUGUCAAAAAAAGUGUUUUAAAGUGGAUGGAAAGGCAAAGAAAUAUGAAAAGACGUGUUUUCAAAUUUGCACCUGUUAAUGUGGACUAGACCUUAGGGAUUUAUGAUGAUUGGAGAAACAGCAGGAUUAUUAAUAUUACUAGACAAUUCAAACCUACACAUACAAAUCAGUGCUUAUAUAAUAAUACUAAUAGUAAUAAUAUGGCAUGAGUGUGUAUGACAGAAUGUCCCCCCUCACACCGUCCUCAAAACCCAUGGCGCUUUGUUUUCAUCACAUUUCCAUCCAUAUAUACAGUAUAUGUAUAUUAAUAUUAAGUAUAUAUUAUGUGUAAUGGGACGUUUACAGUGCUUCAGGUUGUAAAUAUAUAACAAAGACGAGCAAGGCGCACCACCCUUUUAACCAAGUCUGAUCUUCUUCCUGUGUAUACGUGUGCAACGUGCCGUCUGUGGUCGUGUUUCUAGAACUUACCUUGUUGUAGGUCAGUGAGGACGAAUCAGCCCUGUUCCUGGAGAUCUAAACUCCCACACGCUAAUUCAUCAGGACAGGAACUGAGGCGUGAGACUGUAAAUCUCCAGGAGCAGGGCUGAUCAUCACUGCUGUAGAUCUUGUGUUUAACGAGCACCUUUGUGAGGUGAAAACGUGUCUUCAGUUUCCAGCAGAAAUGCUUUACGACAAUAACGACGCGUUCAGAUGGUUCAAGUCGUGAGAACACUGUUGCUAGGCAACCGGGAAAUAUAGACACCGAGCAUAAAGCUGAAUUAGGAUAUAUGGGAGUAAUCAUAAUUACAGUCUUCCAGUCGGAAGUUUACUUGUAGCCAGUUAGCUCACUUCCGGGUUUGAUUAGUGAAAUCUGGGCUGUCAGAAAGCUCCAAAACUUCCAACUCAGCAAUGCAUGAAUGCUUUGAAAUUGGAAUAACGAAAGGUUUUCCCAUUAUCCUGAAUUCUGCUACAUUCAAGCUUUGGUCUGCAAAAUCUGGACUGUCAGAAAGAUCUUGCCCUUCUGACUGGGCAAUGCAUGAACACUUUGUAAUUGGAAUAACAGGACAUUUUCCCAUUGUCCUGAAUUCUCAAAAUUCCAGGUUUGGUUAAUAAAAUCUGGGCUUUCAGAAAGCUCUUGAACUUCUGACUUGCCAAUGCAUGAAUGCUUUGAAAUUGGAAUAAUGGGAAAGUUUACCAUUCUCCUGAAUCCUCAAACUUCCAGGUCUGGUUAACAAAAUCUGGGCUCUCAGAAAGCUCUUGAACUUCAGGCUCUGCAAUGUAUCAAUGCUUUGAAAUUGGAAUAAUGGGAACUUUUUCCCAUUUUCCCCAAAAUUUCAGGUUUGGUUAUUGAAAUGUUGGCCUUCAGAAAGCUCCAAAACUUCCGACUUGCCAAUGCAUGAAUGCUUUGAAAUUGGAAUAAUGGGAAAGUUUACCAUUCUCCCAAAUUAUCCAAUAUUCCAGGUUUAGUUUGCAAAAUCAGGGCUCUCAGAAAGCUCUUGAACUUCAAACCCUGCAAUGUAUCAAUGCUUUGAAAUUGGAAUAAUGGAAACGUUUUCCCAUUUUCCCAAAAAAUUUAGGUUUGGUUAGUGAAAUGUGGGCCUUCAGAAAGCUCCUAAAAUUCCAACUCGGCAAUGCAUGAACGCUUUGAAAUUGGAAUAUCGGGAAGUUUUCCUGUUCUCCCAAAUUCUCAAAGUUUUUGGUUUGGUUAGCAAAAUCUGGGAUGUCAGAAAGCUCCAAAACUUCUGACUUGCCAGUGCAUGAACGCUUUGAAAUUGGAAUAACGGGAAGUUUUCGGUUUGGUUCGCAAAAUCUGGGAUGUCAGUAAGCUCUUAAACUUCCGAGUCAGACAUUUACAAGAAGACAUGUUCGUGUAGCCAGUUGACUCACAUUCCAAAUUUAAGGCCUGGAUGCAUUGCAGAGUCGGAAUUUUAGGAGCUUUGCGACAACCCAGAUUUUUUUUCUGGAAGUGAGACAACUGGCUACAAGAACAUUGGAAAAUUUGGGCUAGAUUUGAGUUACAAUGGAUAAACUCUUUUAAUAUUGUUACAAACUAAAAAAAAAUGCUAACAAUACACAAAUUAAUGCGAGUCAAUAUUAUAUGAAAAGUAGACAAUUCUUUACCCAGUAAAUGAAUAAUAAUGUAUAAAUGCUUUAAAUGGGAAUAACAGGAAGUUUCUCAUUUGCCCAAACUCUUCUACAUUCCUUCAUAGAGGCUAACAGCUUAGCUAGCUUGUUUGUAGUUUAAAAAAAAAGUCGUUAUAUGGACAAUAUAAAGUCACAGUGAUGAUGGAAACAGAACAGAAGUGUCAGAAAUAUCAACAUUUCCCUCAGAUAUUUUGCAAAAUGAAUCAGAAAGUGUCUGUUUAACUGAGAUUAUGGUGGAAUUCCACUUAGCAUAACGCUCCGGUUGCUAACCAAACUUCCAUGGGUUCUGCCAUAGCCUAUUCAAAAGCGUUAAUAUUCUGAAGUUAGAAUCUUCUGGAAAACAUGAUGAACACACAACUCCAUCUGAACGCAGCAAAUAUAUAAAUAUAUAUACAUUAUAGCCUUUAUUUAUUUUGUGACUAGGCAUGUGCUGAUACUAAAGUUUCAUUCCACAGUAAAUGCUUAACAUGUCUGUUUGUGCUAACUAGUACAGCUUGUCAUAGCUUGCUAGCUAGCUAUUUUUGCUAAAUAGUAUACGCUAUGCUGGUGAUUUUUGGACAUGGAUAGUGGCUGGUUCAUGCUAACAAGGGAAAGAUUAGCGCUAGCUCACCACAUAACGAUUGCUAGCUAGCUAACACUUUUAGCUUGAAAUCAUGAAAUGGGCUUAUAAGCGCGUCUGAGAGUAAAAACGUUAGUGCCAUAGCUAGCUAAAUUUGCUAAAUCGCAUGUUAACACUUAUGCUAAUAUAUAUAGAGUAGUGAUUUUUGGAUAAAGCCAAAUUGUUAGCUUAAUGUUAGCUUCGUUACAGCUUGCUAGCUAACUCCCUUUAUUAUCGGCACAUGCCUAAAUCGUGUUGGAACGUUUGCGAUGGCGGUGGUUUAAUUUGUUUGUAACGUAUCGUUGUAUCUAAAUCAUAUUUCUGUAUAUAAAUAUGUUUAUGGUCCAGUCGUGAAUUUGUGAGCCAAAGACCUUACACACUUUCUAUUCUGUAUUCCUUCAGAUAAGCUGGUACUUAUGGUAUAUACAGUAUAUUUUAAAAAAACUAUAUAAAAAUAUAUACGAUAUAUAUUUAUUCUGUGUGUGUGUGUGUGUGUGUGGGUGUGUGUGGGUGUUGUUUGUUUAGGCCCUUGACCUCUUCAGUGCAAUCAGUGUGUUGUGUAUCAGUUUUAACGUCGCGUGUAUCUUCGACUGAAUGUUUUAAAGCAAUGAAUUAACGAGCAGCUUAAUCUCUGCCAUAUUUUUUAAAAAAGCACAAUUUAGAAGAAUCUGAUGUUUAGGAAAACAUAGGAAAAUACAGAUUGUGGUAAAUAAAUACAAUAAUGUGUAAUAUAUUCAAAAAAAUUAUUUAAAAAAAUGCAGAUCCAGAUGUAGACACCAGCGACGUCUUGGCUGAUCGAAUACAUCUGGAGUAAAAGGGAGCAUUCUGUAAAUUUGUUGUUUGUUUGUUUGUUUGUUUGUUUGUUUGUUUUCUGAAUUGUUCCUUUAAAUGUAUUAUAAAAUAUAUAUGAUAAUAUGACGUUAUUGUUGUAUAUAAAACUUGCAUCCAGCAGUUGUGACACUUUGCACAAUGUCGUUUUUCCUUCAGUCUGUAAAUUGUGUGUGUGUGUGUGUGUGUGUGUGUGUGUGUGUGUGUGUGUGUGUGUGUGUGAGUGUGUGUGUUUAAUGUACGGAUGUAUGGAGGGAAACGCUCCUACUGAAGGACGGCACUUUGACCCGCAAACACGCCAUGUGAACACUGUUACGCUCUCCUGUACAAAUGCAAUCUAUUAGACGGUAGAAACUCUUGUUGUCCUUCCUGUUUGUUUUUAAGCUCUAUAUAAAUAUAUAAAUAAAAAUAUAUAUAUAUAAAAUAUUAAAUCUAUAAUAGAGUCAACAAUAAAUUGAUCAGCUGUUACUGUA